AUUCCCCUGAUUGGCUGCAGGACGACGACAGCAUUUACCAAACGCCCCUACGGCAGUACAAGUGUGCGUCACUCUUUGCGCCAUCAGGGCGGGAAGAUGGGCGUGUCUGACUGAGGGAGACCAGCCGAUUGGCUGGAAAGCCCAGCGCCGGGAGGCUUGUCCUGGCCGGCGAGGGUGGCGUCUCGGUCCGGUCCGGAGGUGGCCACCGGCUUCGGGGGAACCAUCAUGGCAGCUCGCACGGGCCACAGGGCCCUGAGAAAGGUGGUCUCGGGAUGCUAUGCGAAGUCGCUGGCAGCGGCUGGAGCCCUGGCUCCGGCGCAGGGGACUGCGCGGAACGUCAGAUAUUUAGCUCCCUGUGGUAUACGGAUGAGCAGAACUCUUCCACUACAUACCUCAAUUUUGCCUAAGGAGAUACAUGCAAGAUCUUUCUUCAGAAUUGCUGCACCAUUAAUAAACAAAAGAAAAGAAUAUUCAGAGAGGAGAAUUAUAGGAUAUUCUAUGCAGGAAAUGUAUGACGUAGUAUCAGGAAUGGAGGAUUACAAACAUUUUGUUCCUUGGUGCAAAAAAUCAGAUGUAAUAUCAAAAAGAUCUGGAUAUUGCAAAACACGAUUAGAAAUUGGAUUUCCACCUGUAUUGGAGCGCUAUACAUCAGUAGUAACCUUGGUGAAACCACAUUUGGUAAAGGCAUCCUGUACUGAUGGGAAACUUUUCAAUCAUUUGGAGACUGUUUGGCGUUUUAGCCCAGGUCUUCCUGGCUACCCAAGAACUUGUACCUUGGAUUUUUCAAUUUCUUUUGAAUUUCGCUCAUUUCUACACUCUCAGCUUGCCACAUUGUUUUUCGAUGAGGUUGUAAAGCAGAUGGUAACUGCCUUUGAAAGAAGAGCAUCUAAACUGUAUGGUCCAGAAACAAAUAUACCUCGGGAAUUAAUGCUCCAUGAAGUUCAUCACACGUAAAGGGAAAAAAGAACUGGUCGUCUAUUUGUAACUUUAUUCACUUUUAGGAAGUGCUUUCAUCAUUUGCUUUCAAAAGUCAGACAGCAUUUGUCAAAUCCAGCUUUGAUUACAAACCUGCACCAUUGAAAAUUUGCACUUGGAAUAUGGAACCAUGUGUACAUAGAAUUCAAUCAAGUGGAAUUAUAAGUAAUAUGCACAUUAGCAUGUUAACAAUAAUGGGAUGUAUUCACUGUUGCUAGAAUACUGACAUAACUCUUCUGAGCAGAAAUGGAAACUGUAAAUUUCAACCUUUUAAUUAACACCUUACCUGCAAAAGGUAAGUUAAAAUGCUCACACAGUAUAUUAUAGUAACCAUAUCAUGUUUAAGUUAUUAAAUUCAGACUAUUUUUAACUUAUUGUCAUAGGGCCUGCCUCAGGGCUUAGGAUAUUUGAGUAAUCAUCAGAUAUUUAAAGUAAAAGCUGUGACUUAAAUAUACUGUUAUUGAAGGUUCCCUGACACUUUUCUUAUUUUGAAAUUCUUAUGGAUAGUAGUAAUUCAGUGUCACAGUGAGGUUAGCUACCAGAUAAACUGAAUAUUUUUUUGGUGAGUGGUCCAGAGCUUUAAGCUACUUUUCUCAUAGUUUCCAACCCUCUCCCAGAUACUUUGCUCUUUUAAUAAUGCUGAUUGUAUGUCAAAUUUUGUCUACAAAAUGGCACAAAUGAAGAUAAGUUGGUUGAUACAUCUCCAGCACCAUUCAUCCCUCUUUUGUAUUUAUUGUGUGUACUCACUUUCAAUGUUUUCCAAACUGAUACUUCUGUAAAUAAAUCAGUGUAACUUAAUAAAGUUAAUUUGUUUAUUUUU